UACACCAAAAACAUGCUCAGUCGUGACCCCGACCACGUAGUUGGUUUGGUCGCGGAGACCUUAAUGGGCUACUCUAUGCAAGACCCGAACAACACCGGUGGAUCACCUGGAAGGUAUUCUUGCCUGGUAUUCUGUCCCACUAAAGCACACUGCGAAAAUACCGCUCGUAUGCUGGCCGAUUUGCUUCCGAUGGCUGCUUGUUUUCCGGCUCAAGCGGAAAACUUGACGCAGCGACGAGCUCAACUGUUGACGAGCCUCCGUGUGGACGCACUGCCUGAUCAGGAUUUGUCCGUAUACUCCUGUUGUCCUGUACUCGAGGCGACUGUACCAAAGGGUGUGGCCUACCACCAUAGUGGUCUGACGCAAGAGGAGCGUAGUUCCCUGGAAGAGGCUUUCACUGAUGGCACUUUGAGUGUUUUGUGCUGCACUUCUACUUUGGCGGCCGGAGUUAAUUUACCAGCCAGACGUGUCAUUAUUCGAAAGCCCUACAUUGGAAGUGCGUUCAUGUCUGGAAUCCAAUAUAAGCAGAUUGUGGGUCGAGCCGGCCGGGCUGGCUUCGACAGCGUUGGUGAAAGCGUAACCAUUCUUCAGUCAAUGGAUCGGGAAAAUUUUGCCCAGUUGAUCAGUUCCAUACCAAGACUAAGACCCCGUGUCUCCUCAUCAUGUGCAAGCCAACCGGAGUCUUCCGACGAUCUCUGCGCAAGUAGCCUACUCUACGAGAAUGGGAAAGGAAUGCGUCAGUUACUGCUCUCUCUGGUUGGUCUACAAAUUGCGAACACGUUUUGCGAUAUUAGUUCUGCUGUGGAGAAAACCCUGUUUGCUAUUCAGGCCAGCGCCGCGCAACCUGCUAUAGUCGAACGAGUGGUCCGUGCUGAACUGCUCACGCUUAUCAAAAAUGACCUUCUCCUAACCACAUCUGAGAAUGCAUUUACUCAUCGGUCACCUGUUCGUCUGCUACAAGGAGAUAUCGGUAGAUUGCAGUUUCAAGCAACAAAGCUUGGACGCGCUACCGUCAGAGGCGGUCUUGACACGGAUCUGGCUGGUUCUCUCCUGUCUGAUUUACGCAUAGCUUCUCGCGCUCUCAACACCAGCGGUCCUUUACAUCUUCUCUACCUAGUUGCCCCACCGGACGUGGUAGAUCAGAUCCAUGUGGACUGGAGCGUGCUUUAUAGCCGUCUGGAUCUGCUUCCGCCUGCACAAGCCAACAUUGUCUCGCUCUUGGGCUUCCCUGAAGGUUAUGUCUUGUGGAAGGCUACUGGUCAUCCCAUCCGAAAGGUAGAUGCUGGCAGUUUUUCUAUUAGACACAAACAAGUGUACUGCACUUAGUAAUGGUCUUCAUUGCCACUUCUACGCUGCAGAAACUCGAUGAAAGACCCCUUCGGCGACUGUACGUGGCGCUGGCUCUUUCGGAAUUAUGGCAAACCAGCUCAACCGUACCCAUCUGGCAAGUAGCUGAUCGCUACAAAAUAUCGCGUGGAUCACUUCAAUCUCUUCUGGCCUCGGCCGCCGCAUUGGCCAGCUCUCUAGCACACGCACUUGCCAGCGAAUAUUCGACGGACGAAGAAUUAUGGGCAUUUGCUCACUUACUUCCCGAAUUUGCCACACGACUCUCUUACUGCGUAUCCAGCGAACUACUCCCUCUGAUGGAAUUACCCGGAGUAAAACGCGGUCGCGCUCGUCAGCUAUACAGUUGUGGGUUUUGCACCCUCAAGGACAUCGCUUCCGCUUCACCCCAUGAUCUGACCAGCCGUAUGUCUCCCUUUCUUUCCCGGCGCUCUGCUACCGAGUUAAUCCAGUCCGCUAAGAUGCUACUAUCUGAACGGGCUGAUGCUCUGCGUCAGGAAGCUAGCGAUUUACUCGAGGGAAUCGGGACGCGUAGCGUAAUGUCUCAGCUGGCGCACCAUUUGCAAUUUCAGUCGCUCCCGACCGAAACGGUACUUUCUUCCAAAUCCGACUCCAUUGGUCACAACAACUCUGUUUCUACUUUUCAGGAAGAUGACGAUCUUUUCGCAUAGAUUCCUCCCUCUGUUUUCACUACCUCAGUCGACAAAUUGUCCCCCUGUUAGCUUUGCACUGACUUCGAUGAUUUCCUAUGUACAUUUGCAUCAUUGUCCUUGUUCACUAUGAGUGAUAUGUUCAUUCACUUUAUUUUCUGUCCUCUAUCAUCUUCUUCUAUGAUCUGGCACCGAAACGGGAGGCAAACUCAUUUUGUCUAACAAGGCGCUUGCGCAUUUCUAUCAUUUUGUCUAUAGGUCACUGCAUAACACUGAUUUUAAGACCAUUGUUGGAGAGGAGUCCACUUGGUCACAAUGAGGUUGUUCGGAAACUGAAUAGCUGGAAACAUCCAACUCAAUCGGUCCAACUGACAUGCACAAGCACAACUCUAUUUUGUCAUGUGAUUAGGUACUAUUAGGUGGAAAUGGUACCCUAUGGGCCUUUCCUCAUACACGAUUCUCGAAGCAAAAUGACCAUUAGUAAGUGUGACGGAAACCGCAAAACAUUUUUGACAGUAUUG